AUGAUGUCUUCCGGCACAAACUCCGGUGCCCGCUCGGCAUCCUCGACGACCCAGCCAGGCGAAACGCUGCCUCGGAUCUCCGAAGAAGCUAGUCGUCCCAGCUCGGCCAGCACUGCGAGCAUCACCGACGACGACGAUCAGAUGUUUUUCUUCCAAACCAGGGGUCCAGUCCAGAGCAGCAUGCCGACUUUCUCAGAGUACCUGCCGAGAUUCAUCCCUCGCCCCCCUGAUCCGACCAAAAUCUCCGAGGACCUCAAGAACCUAAACACCCACGUUGUCACCAUCAGUGCGAUGGUCAAUACCAUCAGCGUGGAGAUCUACCGACUGUCGGAAAAGGCCAAAAAGCAGACAAUGGACGUCAACCUUGUGGAAGACAAGAUGGUCCUUUCCAAGGAGGGCUUGAACGCGCUCAAGGACCAACUCGAGGCCCAAGGGGAACUUCACGAGAACGCCCUCAUGGCGUGUGUCCACUACCAGGAGCAGCUACAGAUGGAGACAGCCAAACUGGAAAGACAGACGGCCGAGCUCCAAAAGGAGACUGCGGGGCUGAAAGAUGAGACGGCAGAGUUGCGCACCAAAUUGCUCACCAAGCUGCACACCGAGCUGCGUGCCGAGCUGCGUGCCGAGCUCGACAGCCUCCGUGAGGAAACCGUCAAGGAGAAGGUGCGUCUUGAUUCCGUCAAGAAUACGGCCGAGGUCGGUGAGACUGCUCUCAAGGCCACCGUUCGCCAGCAGGAGAAGGCUCAGAAAAGGGAGAAUACUGAGCUACGUGCCCAGCUCGACAAGAUGCGCGAGGAGUACAACGAGUUCGGCAAACGGAUCGCCGCCGUCGAGGCCAAGGUGGACAUCGUACCGACAGUUCGGAACACGAAUCGCGGUUGGGAGUGCUGUAUUCAGUAG